GAUGGAGACGGUGACAACCGAGAAUCAGUCAGUUGCGUCAGUUUAUUCGCGUCACUCGCAUCGCUCGGUGGUGAGAUUUGAAGUGUUUUGUUCAGACUGAUAUCAGUCGACAUCCAGGCUGGAUCCGUCAUCGAAGGAACGACGCGAUCGAAGACACGGAGAAUUGUCUUUGUAGCGCGAGAGAGGCCAGAAGUUAAAGAAUAUAUCGAAAAAGUAGGACGCGUCGCGUCACGUCGCAUGGCGGAUUAUGAGCUCCGUGAAGAGUGUCAUCAUCACCCUGCCUAAGGGAGUGCCCAAGGCGAUCCCGAGGACCGAAUCGUCACGCAACUCGCUACCUAAGCUGAACUUCACGUCAAUCCUGGUGGACAAGGCAAGGAUGGACAGCAGGAAGGUCGUCUCUGAUCAGCAGGAAGAGAUGCGCGAUGACGACGUCGCGACGCUCCUCGAGCCCGUGGACACCCGCGUACGUGGAAAGAAACGCCGACUGGAUCAUCUAACGUGGGAGGAGAAGUUGCAACGAAAAAAAUUGAAGAAUCGAGUGGCCGCUCAAACCUCGCGAGAUCGCAAAAAAGCCAGAUUGGACGAGCUCGAGGAAACAGUGAGGGCACAGAAGGAAAGGAAUGAACUACUUACACAGGAAUGUGCGAUGCUGAGGUCGCAGAACGAAUUGCUAACGUCGCAGAACGAAUGGCUGUUGAACGAAAAUAAGAGGCUUAGAAACGAGAGAGACGCAGUGAGGAACACGCUCACAGAUCAGCAACAACCGAUCUGCUCCGCCUGUCGGACUCGUGUCGACGGUGCUGUACCUUCGCUGGGAUCUGCAGUAUCCCCCAAUGACCCUCUGCCGCAGGGUGGGACAGCACAGUCGGCAUUGCGCCCGACGCGGACGCCAGGAGCAACCGCGCUGCUGAAAUUUCUGACUCUAUACUUCCUUUUGAAGAAUUGUUCAGCGUAUUCCAAAGCGCCGACGCCGAACGAUUCGAAGAGCUGGCGGAGAGCCUCUUACGAGAAGUCAGUCCAGAGGUUGAAGCAAAUCCUCAUAGAUCAAAUGAACAAGUGAGUCUCGGGAAUGCAGAGAUGGAUGAAAUAUUCCGAAGUAGAAUGGAAUUCUAAGGUGUCCGUCAACGAAGCUCCCGUUGAAAAACCUGACCAUCCAGAGGCAUUGGUGGGGCAGACAUCAAAAAAUGUGGAAGCCAGUAGAACUGGUGGAAGCAUAGACAGCGUAUCCUCUUAUCUACGAGAUACAUCCAAUUGGUUUCUCGAGGACUGCGACACAACGAAGACCACGUCUAUCAAGAUCGAGGCUGAAAUCAAACAGGAGUCUGAGACGGCAUCGGAUCUCGAUACUGUCUAUGGUACAUACGACGAGACCACCAACUCCAUCACAAUUAUGUAUCCGGGUGAGGAGAACGACGGCUGCGUGGGUAUCCAGGAAUGCGUGCAAGAGGUGGUCAGUAGUAACGAGAGCGGUGCCGUCAGCCAUGCCGCAGACGACGCUGUUCCUUCAUCGGGCAUUCAAUUGCGCUAUCCGGCGCAAUUCUCACCGGCAUACACCAAUUCCAUGUCACCUGCUAUGAGCGACGUGGACAGCUACGGUAUUUCCUCGACGAAGCAGCUGGAUUGCGCCAGUUUAUCGGACGGUGGAUACGAAUCUCACGAUUCCCCGCAGUCACACAUGUCGGAAUUGUUCGAUCUCGAAAGUUUCAGCGAGCUGUUUCCUACGUUGGGCUGACAAUUCCGGAUAAGGCGUGCUGCCGAGGCAAGCGCCAGAUCGAUGUCGAACCGUUACAUAUGUGACGCGGAAAAUUCCAGCAAAAAUAGGCUACAAAAGAAAAAUGAAAGAGAGAUUCGGAAAAUAUCGUUAUAAUAUGUCGAAAUCGUUCAUUAACAUUAGAUAGAAAUUUGCAAACUUCGACUAGACUCUCGCACAAUUUUUUAUCAAUAUCGAGCAGUUUAACUUCAAUGUUUUGAACGAAAAAUAUAACUCUUGGAGACUUGACUCAAUGCAAGUUAUGUAAAUAUGUAAUAAAGAUAUGU